ACCACCCCCGAUCGACCGAUUUGCAAGUUGCAACACAGAAGGAAAGGGCUACGCUUUCAUUUUCAGAACAUCAGACCUCACUGUUCCUCACCGUUCAAAUUACUUCUUCUUCUUCUUCUUCUCUCUCUCUCUCUCUCUCUCUCUCUCUCUCUCUCUCUCCCAGAAUUGCAUAAAAAUGGCGGAUGCUUACUGGAGAUAUGCUGAAAGUAGGCAGCAGCCACCGCCGGCUCUUCACUCUCUCGUCGGGAAGCGACCUCGUGCUGAAUAUGAUCUUCCUGGUGGUAAUGAGUUGCCUGGCUACUAUACUCAUGGAGAUGAAAGGGCAGGAACACACCGUGUAAUUAGAGAUACAGAUGCCAUUGGAGCAUCUUAUGAUCGUUAUUUACGUGGCGCGCAACUUUCAUCGUAUGGUGGGGGAGAUUCUGCUAGACCUUUGAGCACUGGACUAAGUAGUCGUCCUAUAGAGGACCCACGCAUGAUUGAUAUCGGGGCCCAAGAUCCAAUGGGGACAUCAAAAGCUCGUCCCUUAGGAAUGGGAAGUGGCAGGUCUGAGCUUCCCCUACCUCCAGAUGCUAGCAGCACACUUUUUGUGGAGGGCCUGCCUGCAAACUGUACAAGAAGGGAGGUUUCUCAUAUAUUUCGUCCUUUUGUGGGAUAUAAAGAAGUGAGACUUGUGACCAAGGAAUCAAGACAUUCUGGAGGUGAUCCUUUGGUACUCUGUUUUGUUGAUUUUGUGAGUCCAGCGCAUGCUGCCACUGCUAUGGAUGCCUUGCAAGGUUAUAAAUUUGAUGAGCAUGAUCGGGACUCAGCCAGUUUAAGGCUGCAAUUUGCUCGCUACCCUGGUGCGAGGUCAGGUGGUGGGCACCGUGGCAAGCGAUAAUUGUGCAGUUUUACAGGACCUGCUCAAUUCUGGGAGUUCCAUGGUUGCAAGAAACUAAUCAACAGCCUUGUUUGUGGCUUUGGGGAGUUGCAUCUCUCUGCAUUGGCGACUUUUUAGGUUAAGUAUGAACUCGGUGAACUUUUAGUAAUUAGGAGUUGGUUUCUCAAGUUUCGGGGUGUUGGUUUUUAAUUGACUUUGAACUUCUGUUGGACACAAUUAGUGUAUGGCAAUGGUAAUGUUACAUAUCACAUUUAGACUGAGAGCUAAACAUCGCUAUGCUUUCAUAAAUGUCUUUUGAUUAAGAUUUCU